CUCUUGCUCGCCCUCUCCCUUUCUUCCUCCUCCUCCUCCUCUAUAUCCGCCGCUCAGCCAUGGACAGCAGCACACAAAACGCGCUGCAGGGCUGCGUCUCCUCCCUGCGCUCCAGCAUGCAGCUACUGGAGUCGAGCAUCAGCAUUCUCGACAGCGGCGUCCACGACUAUCCCCGUCUAGCCAAAGUGCUGCAAACCACACGACACUUCGAGCUGGUCUCCGAACACGAUCUUACCACCGCACAAUCCAGCCUCGUCUCCGAGAUCCAGCCCGAAGUGACCAACCUCCUUUCCCGCGUGGAAACUUAUCUCGAUAAACUGGAGCGACGCGAGAAGAGCUUAAUGGCAAAGGCGGACCUGCAAGAAGGAAGGCUUGCACAACCCUCUCGCAAGAACUCGGGCAGCAAGAGUCCAGCGACGAGAAGAGCCGCAUUGGGGAAUCUGGAGGAGAUGAAGAUGCAGCAGUUGAGACAGAAGAAGGAACGGCUGACUUAUGCGGUGGAAAGGCUGGAGUUGCAGGCGAGUCAGCGGCAGAGGCAGUUGAGGAAGAGUAUGGCUGCGCAGUGAGGGAGUCGAUGCGUGAUGUAAAAUGGGGAUUAUGGCGCUCUGGUCGAUACCCCUUUGGAUUUGCUCAUGAGUCGAGGCACACGACCGGGGCUUGUGGCAAGAACCCUACUCAGACAUGCGCCGCUUCCUUAAGGGACACAUUCUUCUUCCGCAGUCAUAUCCAUUGCUCCAUGGAGAGCCGAGCGUUGGUGCUAGACUAGACAUUCGAGGCCUCGGAGAGUGCGAUAGAUGUGGAGACCGGGGGUGCAGCAGAAGCCGCAUGCCACGUGAGUUGCAUGCUAGGCAGGGGCACGGCAGUGCAGAUGGAACGGGCUACUUCCCACUGGACGGCGGUAGCCAGUCACUGAGACGUCUCUACCGUGAGCAGCUGGAACAGUGGUCAACAGCGAACGCCGCUCGACCGACACGUCCAGCUGUCGACGCUGUCGUUUGAGUGACGACACCUCGCGGAUGCUCAUCAGGCCGUGUGAUGAGAAUGGUCGCGACUGUUGCACUUCUGGAGAAUUCGAGGGACGGAGUGAGUUGUGACGGUAAGAGAGAAAGGGAAGGAGAAGGGAGGCUUGAAGGGAUGAGGAGGAUAGGUAGACAUGGUUGGUCAGGCUGUUAGAGUGGUCAACAUGAGAUGUAAUGAUUCCAUUCAAAUAGCGGCAUAGCUCUGUGACUAAGUACGUGACCAAGUAAAUUGCUCAUAAUAUGCAUUUAUUCAAUAGCUCAAUUCAUCCUCAGGGGACUGCGCUGCCCCGUUUUGUUCUUUCCACAAUGAUGCUACUACGACUACUACUACGACUACUAUCCUGAUCUCCGCCAGAAGACGAAGAAGAAGCAGAAGAUUAUACAGUAAGUCAGGUUACCGCUUGAACGCACCUCUCACACACACACACACACAUACACACAUAAAAAGAGAGAAGAAAAAAAAAACGAAACGCAACAAUGACCGUACAGGAUCGCACCUCGACAUAUUCCAAUGCCACAAACAUGUCCUGGUGAUGAUGAAUCACAUGCCCGAAAAAAAAAACAGCAAAGUUCCCCGUGUCAAAACGCCUGUCGUUCGCCAUCCAAGUUACUGGCAGCCAAAGAUGAUUGAUCUCGGGCCAGUGGUCGCUGUGUUCUCCCUCCCAGUGUGUCCUUACGCCAAGUUAGGAUUCGUCUUUCUCUCUUUCUCUCUAUCUCUCUCUCUCU